UUCUUCAGAUUUCCGUCCUUAUUUGAGCGUCCCUUGAUCCUCUUCUCCGGCGCAGGCUUUGCAAAAAGGGCAGGUCAUUUGGCGCACCGGGGGAACUCUGCGCUGGUGUUGCGUGUUUCCUGCCGAGCCUGAACGGCAGUGGGACCCGACCCUAAUCCCGGAGCCAACAGUCGUCUGGAAGCCCAGGUCGGGCAGGUUUUGGAGGGUACGCAAUGUCGAGUUUCACGAGAGCGCAACAGCAAUGGGCCACCUUUGGCCAAAUAUGGUAUCUCUUAGAUGGAAAAAUGCAACCUCCAGGCAAACUUGCAGCAAUAGCAUCAGUCAGACUUCAAGGGCUGCACAAACCUGUAUACCAUCAAUUGAGUAAGUGUGGGGAUCAUGUUGUCAUAAAGAACACAAGGCAUAUUGCAUUUUCUGGGAACAAAUGGGAACAAAAAGUAUAUUCUUCACACACUGGCUACCCAGGUGGUUUCAGACAAGUUACAGCAGCUCAGCUUCACCAGCGGGAUCCAGUAGCAAUUGUAAAACUAGCUGUUUAUGGAAUGUUACCCAAGAAUCUGCACAGAAGAACCAUGAUGCAAAGGCUACAUCUUUUUCCAGAUGAAGAGAUUCCAGAAGACAUACUUAAGAAUUUAGUAGAAGAGCUUCCUCAACCACGAAAAAUACCUAAAAGGCUAGAUGAAUAUACCCAAGAAGAAAUUGAUGCUUUUCCAAGAUUGUGGACUCCACCUGAGGAUUUUCGGAUGUAAUUGGGGAAAAGUUGUAAGAAACAAUAGAGAAACUUCUGAAACUUUUGAGAGUUCUGAUUUCUCCCUGAUGCCUUUUUCCCAACCUGAAAAUUCAAGAGAACCCAGCUACUGUGUGGAGAAGGUGGUCUGUUAAACACGGAUGCAGAAAAUUUAUAGGGGAAAGAACCAGGAAAAUAUCUACAGCAAGCUACAAGAAAAUAAUUUGUUGUAUAGGUUGUUCAGUGACCAUGUAAAUGCUCAGAAUAAAAUCAUUUGCUUAGCUGCUAA